GUUCGAACGGGCGGCGGGCGGGCUCCCUCAGAGGGCCGGGCCCCGCCAUGCCGCUGCGGCCGCGGCUGCUCCGCACCUACUCGCGGCGCGCCGGCUACCUGCGCCCGCCGCCGCCGCCCGACCGCUGGAUCUCGCCGCCGCAGGACCGCCGGCGCCUCUUCAGCUCGACCUCCGCCGCCUCCAGCACCGCCUCCAGCGCCCUCUCCGCUUCCAGCGCCUGCUCCACCCCCUCGGACGACCCCGACUUCUCGCCGCCCGGCAAGCGCGCCCCGCAGCCCCUGGGUAAGCGCCCCGCCUGGACCGGGCGGCUGCGGGCCCGCAGGAAGCAGAAGCGGGGCCCGGCCGGGAAGGAGAACCGUAAACCGGAGACGCGGGAGCCGGAGAGCCGGGCGCGGGGAAAGGAGAACCGGGAGGCGGCGGGGAGGAAGAAGCCGCGGAGCCGGGGCGCGGAGCCGCGGCGCUCGCUGUCCUCGCCGUCCCCGCCGCCGUCCCCGCCGCGCGGUUCGCGGCGCCGCCGGCAGGGCCCGCUGUGCGCGGCGCGGCCGCCGCUGCUGUGCAGCACCCCGCAGUGGGCCCCGCCGCCCCGCCGCGCCCCGCCGCUGCUGCUCAGCUCCGCCGCCGACAGCGGCUCGGCGCCCGGCGACAGCCCCCCGCCCCGCCGCCGCCAGCCCGUGCGCCUCAGCUCGCUCCUGCUCAGCACCACCAUCGAGGGCGGCUCGGGGCUGGGCGACUCCCGCUCGCAGCGCCCGCUGCCCCGCGGCUCGCCCGAGGGGUGCUCCGGGCUGCGGCACGAGGAGGUGCCCGAGUGGUUCCGAGAGCCGGGCUUGGCUCGGAGCUCGGAACACGGGUCCCGCCGCGUUCUGAGGUCGGCGGGGCGGGGGUCCUGCCCGGCACGAGCUGCUCCGUCCCCGCUGAAAGCCCCAAGCAGUCCCCAGGAAGCGCUGCCGCCGCUGGAGGAUGAGCCUCAGCCCCCUGUGCCCUGUGACAGCGGCACUCCUGAGGAGCUCUGUGUGGUUCCAUCUCAUCUCACGAGAGAUUCAGCCAAAAGAGGCUCCAGCUGUCAGAGAGACCUAGCCGAGGAGUACCAGCUUGUGCCAGUGGUUGUCCUGGACCCUCUGGAAGUGCCAAGGAGAUUUAAGAGCUUGAAACUCAACAACGAGUCUGAUGUUCAACCCGCCUGCCUGCAGCCAGGAUCUCCCGUGGGCCGCCAAGGAAUCUUGGAGAGCAAACACAAAAGGACCAAGGGUGUCCCUGGGGAGGGCAGCACCUGCAGGAAAGCUUGCAUCAGUGGCUUCAGUGCCAGCCGCUGGGGCAGGCACACCCAGCUCAGGCCAAGAAGGCGCAAGAACAAGAGGCAGCAGCAGCCCAAUGGCUCCCUUUUCAGACUCCAGACGAGGCAAAAACGAGCUCGGAAGGGAGCUCUGGAGGUGUCUGUAGGUGUCAGAAACAAUGACUCUUCACUCCUCAAUAACUCUUAUUCCUGGGCUAGAGUUCGAGCGUCUCUGUCCUUCCAUAAAAAGAAGAAAGUGACCACAGAUGAGAGUUUCUGCAGCAGCAUCCUCUGCACCCCUUCAGGGAAAUCCCAGCUUUCGGGGUACCAAGCCAGCCUGUCUGCUGGGAAGGCUCAGGGUUCCUCCUGGUUUGCUUCCUCCAUGGUCCUGCUGGCUCCCAGGGAUUCCUCCUCUGUCCUGGAGCUGCUCCUCACAGAUGCUGAGAAAGUGUUUGGAGAGUGCAACCAGGAGGGGCCUAUUGCUUUUGAGGAAUGCAUUCCUUUAAAUAAGAUGAAAGAUUGCAAGAAAAUUGGAGAAGGGGUGUUUGGAGAGGUGUUCCAGAUUGACAGCGAGAGAGGACCUGUGGCCUUAAAAAUAAUUCCCAUUGAGGGGACUGAAAAAAUAAAUGGUGAAGCUCAGAAGAGCUUUGGGGAGAUUCUGCCUGAGGUGAUAAUCUCAAAAGAGCUCAGUCUUCUGUCUGAGGGCUCUGUGAACAGAACUGUGGGGUUCAUCAGCCUCUACUCUGUGCACUGCGUCCAGGGGGCCUAUCCCAGGUACCUCCUGGAAGCCUGGGACAAAUUCCACAAAGAAACAGGCUCAGAAAACGACCGGCCAGACUUUUUUGGUCCUCAGCAGCUCUUCAUGGUGCUGGAGUUUGAGUUUGGAGGCCAGGACCUGGAGCGCAUGAGGAGCAGCUUCGCCUCGGUGGCAUCAGCCAGGAGCAUCCUGCACCAGGUGACGGCGUCCCUGGCCGUGGCAGAGCAGGAGCUGCACUUCGAGCACAGGGACCUGCACUGGGGCAACGUGCUGGUCAAAAGCACAGAGGUGAGAGAGCUGCACUAUGUGCUGAACGGAGAGACACGCUGCAUCCCCACGGCUGGCAUCCACGUCAACAUCAUCGACUACACGCUGUCCCGCCUGGAGAAGGACGGGCUCACCGUCUUCUGUGACCUCUCCACGGACCUGGAGCUCUUCCAAGGCACUGGGGACCACCAGUUUGACAUCUACAGGCAGAUGAAAGAGGAGAACUCCAACAGCUGGACUGACUACCACCCGCACAGCAACGUCCUCUGGCUGCACUACCUGGCUGAUAAACUUUUGAAAGCCGUGACCUACAAGAAGAAGGCAUCAACUCCUGCCCUGAGGAAAAUCAAGAUGCAGCUCAGCAAGUUCCACAAGGAAGUGCUGACCUUUGGGUCUGCCCAUGAUGUUCUGCACCACAGCAGCCUCUUCCAGUGAGCAGGGGUCCGGGGACUGAGCCACUGGUGCUGCCUUUCUCCUCUGCUUUUUGUAUGUGUUGGCACAAUGAAGUGCUUUGAUUGGCUCCCAAUAUUUUUAGUGUCCUAAAAGAUCCCCUCAAAUGUCAUCUGCUCUGAGAUGUUUCCAUACCUGCUGGUUUUGAGGGGUGCUGGAGGGGAGACAACAGAGCUGACUUUGGAGAAAGGAGGGGAAAAGAGACUUCUUCAGGCUCAGUUAAUGCUCUGAAUUUCACAUAAAUGUUCUUACCAUUUUAGCCUUAGAUUAUUGCAAGUUCUUUUCUUACUAUAUUGUCUUUUUUACAGAUUCUUUUUUUAAAGAUAAAAACUCUUCAGUUCUGGACAGUGAGGACAAGGCUUGAAUAUUGUUGGCUCACUGGAGACAGAAGGGAAGAUCCAUCUUUUGAUUUAAUUUUGGCAAAAUUUAUACCUGGAAUGAAAGUAUAAAAUGUAAAUAUGUAAAGUUUCUGUAAAGGGUUUUAAACCCACUAAUCUGGUUUCUUUUUCCCCCUUUCUUAAGGACCAAGGAAGAGGUACCUGAUUGUGAAAAAAAGAAGACAAAGUAGCUGUAUUCCUCAUUUUUAAUGGUUAUAAUGUCGUGUACACUGAUAGCAACUCAAAUCUGUAACCUGGUGGUAGCACUUGAAGCAAUUUCAUCCUUUAUCUACAGAAGAAAAUGCCCAAGGUAAUAAAUGUUCUUUAGCCCUGACUGCAGGUGGACCAGGUGCCCUAAACUGGAGGCUCUUACAUUAAAUCCCAAUUCCCUGUUUUCAAGAAGUCCUUUGCUAACAUUCUUGUUUAUUAAAGAAACUGGGCUAAAGAGAACAAUAAAUCAAACUGAAGUGAAAAGUGAAUUAAAUUCUGAUCCAAUGACACAGAUGCAUUAAGAAAUUAAGUGGCAGCAUCAUCAAAUUCAUUGUAACUGCAAUGCUCUCCAUGCAGUCCAGAGAAUAAAUGUUGAAUAUUGCAUCUUAAA